AUGCGACACCGCGGGAGCGCGGAAAAGACGCCCGGCUGGCCCCGCCCCCGCCCCGCCUACCACGCCUUCCGAUUGGCCCGCCGCCGCGCCUUCCGCCCAAUCGCAGGGCUCGCCCACCUCAUACAUCAGUGGGGAGGCCUUUGUGACAUCAGUGGAGAGUUCUGUGUGACAUCAGUUUACAUGAAGGAGCUGGAGAGCCCGUACCUAGAUCUGGCAGUAGUAGCCCGGUACUCCAGCUACGUAGAAAACAAACAUCGCAGGAGCAUGAUCCAGGAAUUCCAGGAGAGUAGGUUUCAGCAGGCGAACUCCCUGCAGGAAGAACUGCAGAAGGAGGCCGAGAAGGUGUCGGCAUUAGUGUGUCCCGACUACAUCUUCUCCCUGCUGAAUACUGACUUCACCUUUCUGUAUUUGCAGUCCUACCAUGACUUGAAGAAAGAGAACAACGAUGAGGACCACAAGUGUCACCAGUCCCAACUGAAGGGGAAACUUCAGGCCCUUGUGAUGGAAAAGGUGGCCUUGCAGCUCCAGAUGAAGAAGCUCAAGACAUCCAAGCUACUGCCACAGCAACGUGUGGAGGACACAGGACCCGGCUGCACCCCGUCUGAGCUGGACCCUCCAGGGAGUGAGCGUGGCAGCUGGGUGACCCUGCAGGAGGCUGAGCGGCCCGGCAUGCUGUUGGUGGUCAGAGAGCCUGGGGGUGGGGGGAGAGCCCUGGUGGAGGUUCCAGAAUCAGAGCUAUCUCCAACUGGGUGGCCUCCCAAGGUCGUCCUGUCCUGGGGCAACGCUAAAGCUGGCCGGGUGCUGUCAGCCAUUGGUGGCUCAAGUUUGCAGGGACCCAGCACCCAGGCUGAGUGCCCAGGGGGUAAAGGGAGCAGUGGGUCUGAGGCCCUUGGCUCGCUGGAAUCUGGCUACAGGAGUGAGAGCCAGAGAAGGAUUGUGCCUGCCCAGGAAGGCUGCCCCAGCAUCAGCCCCCAUUCAUGGCCUCCAGCGGGCAUCACUCCUCCCGCUGUGGCCUCCUCCACCCUCAUGGCACCAAGGGAGCCUAGAAAGAGGACCCUGGAGCCCACCAUGUGGGGGCCGGAGCUCAGAGGUGGGCAGGGGCUGCACAAUCACCCCCAGCUCAGCACCAAGAGCUGUAGGGCCCAGUCACAGAGUGCCCUGGGCCGAGGGCCCCAUGUGAGCAGUGUGGGCAGGUGCACCCCAUCUGGAGACAGCCGCCUGCCUCAGCAUUUCUCCUUCAGCCACGCCCCCACCCUUCCUGCCACUCCAAGUGGUGCCUUUGGGCACCAGUCCUGGUCAUCCCAGCCUCCUCUGUGUCCCCAUCGGCCCCCGCCUCCGAGCAUCCUGAGUCUGACCUUGACUCCCAACCCCUUCGAGGCCCCCCCAGCUGACUUGCCCACUUUCCACUAUCAUAUGGGCAACUCCUGCUCACCUCAGCAGGGUCUCAAUGUCCCUUCUGCGCCUGAGGAUGCCCACGAGCAGGAGUCCAGGGACAUGCCUGUCCUGGCCACUGCCUAUGCUGGAUGCUGCCACACCAUGGGCUCCCACAUGUGCCCCGCCUCGGCUUCUACCUCUGGCUGUGUCUGGGUGCUGCCCUGGGACAUGGGCAGGGACAAGACUGGGGGUCUCAGCCUGUGGUGGUCUUGCUGUGCUGACCAUGCUGGGAGGCCGGCAGCUGGCCCCCAGUUCCGCUGCAUGCACCCCAUGCCUGCCGACAUGGUCUUCCUGGUGUAUGGGUCCUGGAGUACUGGCCACAGUCACUUCCAGCAGGUCAAAGAUUUCCUGGCCAGUGUCAUGGAAUCCUUUGAAAUUGGGCCCGAUAAAGUCCAAGUAGACCUUACUCAGUACAUCGGAGACCCCCAGACAGAGUGGGACCUGAACUCCUUCAGCACCGAGGAGGAGGUGCUGGCCACCAUGCGCAGGCUCCGCUAUAAGGGAGGGAGCAUGCUCCCAGGUCUCACCCUGACCCACGUGCUGGGACAGAACCUGAAGCCAGCAGCGGGUCUCCAUCUGGAGGCGGCCAAAGUGGUGAUUCUGGUGAAGGACAGCAAGUCCCAGGAUGGCAUGCACACAGCUGCCCGCGUCCUCAGGCACCCAGGUGUUAAUGUGUUCUCUGUGGGUGAGUGCCAUGGCUCAGAAGCCGAGCUGAAGCUUCCGGCAUCCUGGCCGCUGGACCUCACCGUCCAGCACAUGCUGGAUUUCCCGCAGCUGCACACAGCCGGCCUGCUCAGCCACCUCGUCUGUCAGAAGGUCCAGGGCAGGAGUCCACAGAGGGGCCUAGCAGCUGCUCCAGCCCUGGACCCCCUCCCAGCGCCCACCAGCCUGGUCUUGACCCAUGUGACCUCCUCCAGUGUCCACCUGUCCUGGACUCCGGCCCCACAGCCGCCCCUCAAGUAUCUUAUCAUGUGGUGGCCUUCCAGUGGUGGCACCCCCAGGGAGGUGGUGCAGGAGGGGCCCGCCUCGUCCACGGAGCUUCACAACCUGACCUCCAGCACGGAGUACCUGGUCUCCAUGUUCCCGGUCUACAAGGGUGGAGUCAGCGAGGGCCUGCGGGGCCUGGUGACCACAGCCCCUCUGCCCCCACCCCGGGUGCUGACCCUGGCUGCAGUGACGCCCAGAAGUGCCCGCCUCACCUGGCAGCCCUCUGCCAGGGCCUCCCAGUACCUGGUGCAAUGCCAGCCCACUUACCCCAAGGGCAAGCAGGAGGGCAGAGAGAUGCAUGGGCCAGGAGGGGGCAGAUGGGGGUGCGGGUGGGGAGACCUGAAGUUGGGCAGGGGCUACGAGGUCUCGGUGCAGAGUCUGCUCUGGUUGGAGGCCAGCGAGGCACAGGGCAUCCACACCAGGACCUCCACACUGGCCCCCCCGAAACACCUGCGCUUCUCAGAUGUGAGCCAUGACUCAGCCCGUGUGGUCUGGCAGGGCAGCCUGAGGCCCGUGCGCCUGGUCAGGGUCAGCUAUGUCUUCAGCGAGGGUAGCCUCUCAGGGCAGACGGAGGCUCCUGGGAAUGCCACCUCAGCCACCCUGGGCCCUCUCUCCUCCUUGACCACGUACACGGUCCACAUCACCUGCCUCUACCCCAGGGGCGGCUCCUCCACACUGACUGGCCACAUGACCACGAAGAAAGCCACUAUCCCAAGCCAGUGGUCAGUGACGGAGCUGCAGGGGGAUAAGGUCUGGCUGGCAUGGGCGACCUCAUCUUGCGUGCUGGUCUACCAGAGCAAGUGGAUGCCCCUAGGUGAGGGGAAGCCCUUCUCUCCCCAGAUCUCUGUCCCAGGAAACCUCAGCACAGUCAUCCUGUCUGGCCUGGGGAGGCAUGCCGCAUAUGAGGUGACCAUCCUGGCCUACUACAGGGAUUGGUCCCACAGUGACCCUGUGUCUCCCCACUACGCCCCCCAUACAGUGAGCAGGAGCCCCCAUUCCAGCCUGGCCCUGGCCUCAGAGACCCCCAACAGCCUGCAGGUCAGCUAGACACCUCCAAGUGGCCACAUCCUCCACUACCGGCUCACCUACACACCAGCCUCUGGCUCGGGACCAGAGAAAUCGAUCUCUGUGCUAGGACCCAGGAGACUUGUGACACUCCCCAGCCUGCUGGCGGCCACCAAGUUCAGGAUCCUGGUCUCUAUCUAUGCAGCAGGAGAGAGCAUGACAGUGUCUGCCACGGGCCAGACAGCCUGCCUGGCCCUCCACCCAGACAUCUCCCUCCCAGGGUUUGACCCGUUAGUGGCUUUUGGCCUGAUGGAGAAGGAGUAUGCCUCCAUUAGAGGUGUGGCCAUGGAACCCUCGCUGCUGGGUGUGACCCGGACUGUCACACUGUUCAAGGACACACAGCUGAUGCGCAGGGCCAGUGACAUCCACCUGGCCACUCUCCCACCAGAGCACACUAUUGUCUUCCUUGUGCGCCUGCUCCCCGAAACCCCUCGUGAGGCCUUCGCGCUGUGGCAGAUGAUGGCUGAGGACUUCCAGCCCACCCUCGGGGUUCUGCUGGAUGCCGGCAGGAAGUUGCUGACCUACUUCAACCAUGACGCCAGGGCUGCCAUUCAAGAAAUCACCUUCAACCUGCAGGAAGUGAAGAGGCUGUUCUUUGGGAGCUUCCACAAGGUGCAUGUGGCCAUCAGCUGCUCCAAGGUCAGGUUAUACAUGGACUGCAGGAGGGUGGCUGAGAGGCCCAUCAGGGAGGUGGGGAGCCCACCCACCACCGGCUUCAUCAUGCUGGUGAGGCUGGCCAAGGCCAGGGGCCCCCAAAGCAGCUCAGCCAUGUUCCAGCUCCAGACACUGCAGAUCAUGUGCAGCGACACCUGGGCAGACAAGGACAGGUGCUGUGAGCUCCCCGCGAUGAGGGAUGAAGAGACAUGCCCAGCCUUCCCUUCUGCGUGCAUCCGUUCCUCAGAGACCCCCUGGCCCCUGGGGCCCCAAGGACCUUUGACAUCCCUGAUGCCCCCUCAGCCCCUUCCCCUGCCUGUCUCCAGGGAGAGCCCGGGCCACCUGGACAGAUGGGACCUGCAGAUCCUGGAGAGUCCGCCAGGGGUCAAAGAGGAGAAGGGGCACCAUGGACUCCCAGGCUUGCAGGGCUACCCGGGCCACCAGGGCUCCCCUGGGAGAGUUGGCCUCCAGGGACCGAAGGGAAUGAGAGGACUGGAGGGGACUGCUGGUCUGCCCAGCACCCCAGGCCCCAGGGGGUUCCAAGGCAUGGCGGGGGCCAGGGGCACUAGUGGGGAGCGAGGAUCCCCAAGGGCUGUGGGGCCCACGGGGCUGCUGGGGCCCAAAGCGGAGUGAGGAGAGAAGGGCAAGCCCCCAUCCGUGGCCUCCAUGUACCAGUUGGUGAGCCAGCCUGCGACACACAUGCUGAGGCUCAACUCCUUCCUUCAAGAGAACACCAGGCCCCCGAUGCCCAUCAUGGAGGGAAAGAAGCAGACAGGCGGGCCUGGGCCCCUGGGGCCUCCUUGGCAGGAGAACCGGAGGCUGCCUGGCCUCCUGGAGUCCAAGGCAGCUGCUUCCCAGUCUCCCAAGACACAAGAGCUGCCGGCCUCCCUCCUACCCUUCUGCCUCUCCCCACACGCCGUCCCCCACGAGCAUGGUGUCCUCAGGGAUCACACAUCUCCCCCCGGCCAGGUGAGCCUGGAGUCCCCAGUCAGAGGGACAGCCCUGGACCUCAGGGGAGCCUGCCUCCAGGACCUCAGUGAGGAGCUAGAGGUUCCCUGUGCUGCCCCAAGUGACCUGCGCCUGCCCCCCUGGGUUUGUGUGGACUCCACGAGCCACUCUGUCCUGGAGAAACUGGAAUAG